AGUCAUGUCAUUUCAUUAAUUUUGUUGCUGACGCGCUUACAGAACCAUUGCGGUAUUUUCAUCAAAGAUUCGUGUGUUACAAAUAAAUAACUGUGUUUAAAAAAUAAUAUUAAUAAUUUAUAGACAACCGUGCCAAUAAAAAGUACCUACGAAAUGGCUGAUGUGUUGGAUAUCGAAAACUCCGAGGAGUUUGAAGUUGAUGAGGACGGUGAACAGGGAAUUGCAAGAUUGAAGGAGAAGGCGCGUAAACGGAAGGGUCGCGGUUUUGGUAAUGAAAGCGGAGGUGGGGGAGCCACUGAGAGAGGCAACAGGGGAAGAUACGACAGUCUAGCACCAGAAGGCGACGGGAACACACCCGGCCCACAGAGAUCAGUGGAAGGUUGGAUAUUGUUUGUAAGCAAUGUGCAUGAAGAAGCCCAGGAGGAAGAUAUACAGAACCAAUUCUCGGAGUUUGGCGAGAUCAAAAACAUCCAUUUGAAUCUGGACCGGCGUACCGGUUUCCUCAAAGGGUACGCGUUAGUGGAGUAUGAGACAUACAAACAGGCAGCGAGUGCCCGCGAAGCGUUAGACGGCGCAGACAUCCUUGGUCAGGCAAUAUCCGUAGACUGGUGCUUCGUCAAAGGACCCACUAAAGGGCACAAGAAGAGGCGGUAGACAAUACUCGUGUUUUUUUAAUUCAGUGUUGCCACUAUCAGAAUAUUUGUUUUGUACUACAGAUGACUCGUAGAUACUCUACAGAGAUUUUUGUCAUAAAUUUUUGUUUAAAAAUAAUGUAAUCGUGCUCUACGCGUAGCCCAAUUGACCUACCGAGCACUUUUUCCAAAUUAUUAAUUUAUGGUGAUAGAAAUAAAGUGUAUUUUACUUUAGUUCCUACCAUAUUUUUUGUAAUUUGCAUUAUAUUGUCCGGGUUUAAAUGAAACUAUCACAAAAGUGACUGUUUAACACUGAUGACUAAAAUAAUAUAUUUAGCCUGUAAUU